AUGGCGGCAUCACUGUUCACCUUCUCCUCCACUUCAAGAAGAGUCGUCCCAGCUCCAAACUCUCCUCCUCUUCCCAUAUACAUCAAAGCCACCAACGUAGUUUUCAACCCUGAUAUUCCAGAUGUUCAUCGAGGUCUUGGACUUGAUGAUUUUGUCAAUUUCUUAGUCUCCUGCCGACUCCGAUACGCAAUCAGUGACGUUCCAUCAGAGUUCUUUCCUGAACAAGUAUGUGAGUUAUACUACACUGCAACAAUUAAUGAUGAUAACAACGUCAUCUCCGGGACUAUUGGCCGUAGAAGACACUCAGUCUUUAUUACCGCUGACCUCCUCAGUGGUGCGCUCAGGUUACCAAUCUUUGAACCCUUCUCUGAGCUUCCACCUAUUGAACGCUGUCGACGUCUCUUUGAUCAACUGGGAUAUGAUCACUCAAAGGCUGGUACUCGAUCAGCUCUCAUUCUGCGUCAAUGUAUGACUCCAGGAUGGAAGUUCUUCACCGGUGCUCUGUGCAAAUGUGUGGGUCACAAAUCUCACAGUGGUGAUCAACUGAGCACUUAUGAGCAACAAGUCGAUUGCUCCCUUCUUCUCAACAAACAACUUGAUUAUGGGGCUUUCUUCUUUGAUCAGCUUGUUCAACUUCUUCGUGCAAAUGUACGCGCUGUUCAUGUCCCCUUUCCACGCUGGAUUGCUAUUGUGCUAGAUAAAUUUUUCGCUGAAGCUUACUACUCACACUUUGGAAACCCCAUCCCAUGCCCACGCAUGUCAGUGAGAAUGUAUCAGGAUGAUCCAUUGGAAACUAACAUCGGCAUCUCUGAUCGUAUGAGAGAAUGGAUUGCAAAUCCAUAUACUGUUCCUUCACUAACCGCUGAUACUGAUGAAGGAGUUGAUGCUCAAGGGGGACAACCAUUUCAGGGGAAGCAACCUUCUCCGGGGGAGCAACCAUCUCAGGGGGAGCAACCAUCCCAGGGGGAGCACCCUUCUCCGGGGGAGCAACCUUACUCCCAACAAGUUCCAGGUACUCAAUUCCUUCAUAUACCGGCCUCAGCAUUCAAUGAGCUCCUUACACUAACUAGGGACAUGAGUCUGCGUCUUUUACGAAUUGAGGUCGAUGUCCAUCAACUGAAGGGGGUUCUUUUGCCAACCCCUUCCCCUGGCCCACAACAUGAUGAUGAUCAAAAAGGGGGAGAAACUGAUGAUGAUGAUGAUCCAAAAGAGGGAGACACUGAAUUUGUUGAGCUCGGAUCUGAGGAUAACACCUUAAACCAGACUGAGCCACCACAGCAUGUGCACGAGUCUGAUAGACCAGUUGCUGAGGAGCCUAAUAGACCAGCAGAUACUGAAAAGCUUGCUGAAGAUAGUGAGGAUGAUGAUGAACAUGAUGAUGAGUGUCAGAUGCUGGACAUGAACUUCAUUGAUCCCACUAUUCCAGUUCAAGGGGAAGCCUCGGAUGAUGAUGAAGAUGAACAUGAUGAUCAAUGUCAAAUGUUAUAUAUGAAAUUCAUUGAUCCCAUUAUGCCAGUCCAAGGAGAAGAUUCUGAUGUAGCUAGUGAGGAUACUCAACCUCUAUCUCGCAAGCGCAAGGCAGCAAAUACUGAAUUGCCUUCUUCACACACUGAUACUUCACUGCCUAGCAAGAAACCUAAUUUCAUCGUCAGCAUAUCCAACUUGGCAGCUGAAUGGAACAUGUCUCCUGAUCAAGUUAAGCAAAUUCUUGAUGAAGCCAAUCAAGCUCAGCUUCUAAAGAAUAUUGCUCAAGCUGAUGAAUCUCUCAUUUAG